ACAGAAAGUGAAAUUCCAGUGUGAGGAUGUCUACAACUAAGUAUUUUAGUGAUGAGAAAAUCUGGAGAGGUCCAGAGAAACCUGCGUGGCUGUUUAAUGAAAAGGCCAAUCUUGGAAGGAUCUUUCUGAGUAUCCUUAAUCGUGAUCCACAUAAAGUGGCUCAAAUCAGUGAUAACAACGGAAUUCGGAUGACAAACGGCGAGAUGGUGUCGUAUGCUGAGAAAAUUGCAGGAGGAUUGAAGCAAAGAGGAUGCAAAGUAGGAGAUGUUGUUGGUUUUGUGGCAGCAAAUGGACAUAUGUUGGCUCCUACAUUAAUCGCCUGCUUUCUCCUCGAAGCUCCAACAAAUGCAAUGGAUGUGAACCAAAAUGAAGAUGAAAUCUACGCAAUUUUCAAAAUCACAGAACCCAAAUUUAUUUUUUGUGACGCCGAAAAAGUCAAUCUCGUGGAGAAAGUUACUGGAAGGUUGCGGGAUUGUCCAACAAUGAUAGUUCUUGAUGGAAAUAAUGAAAAAUACAUAAGCAUUGUUGAUCUAAUGCUAGAAGGUGAUGACGAGAAGUUAAAAAAGAAUAUUUUAUUAGAGGCUUGUCGUCCAAUACAAAUGGACUACAACAUAAUUUGCUGCUCUUCUGGAACAACAGGACCACCAAAGGCCGUCUGUAUAUCUUACCAAUCACUAGUUGAAGAAAACUGGUGCCAGAAUGCCGUCACGUCGUCAGAGGACGUCCUUUUCAGCAUCACCCCUAUAUUUUGGACCGUAGGCUACGUUAUCUUUCUUAGAAAUAUUUUCUAUGGACUUAUACGCAUAACUACGACUCAGGACUUCAGUCCAGAACUCUUUCUUCAUAUCAUUACCAAAUACAGAGUGACCCAGAUAAUUAUUAAUCCACUGUUGCUUAGUCAAGUCCUUGAGUCUCCAAACCUCACUCCUGUAAGUUUUUCUUCUGUGAAAAAAAAUCUUUUGUGGUGGAAACAUAAUAACGGAGCACCUGCUUGAGAUGCUAAAACCCUACAUGGCAAAAAUUAAUUUUGGAAUUGUAUACGGAAGUACAGAGACAGGGGCCUUAGCUGCCUACAUGUAUAACCCAAAAGGAAAAAUUUGUGUAGGGAAUUUAUUACCAGGAAUUGAAGGAAUUGUAAUUGAUGAAGAAGGACGACGACUUGGAUCAGGCGAGAUUGGAGAACUUUGUUUUACAGCACCUUAUCGGUUCUCUGAGUAUCUAAAAAAUCCUGAAGCAACAAGGGCUUACACAACCAGCGAUGGAUUUAUGCGUACUGGAGAUUUAGGAUUCUAUGAUGAAGAUGGUCUUCUCUACGUAAAUGGACGAUGUAAAGAUGUUAUGAAGUACAUCUUGGCUCAUGUAUCAGGAUCUGAAAUUGAGAGGGUCGUCAAGACACAUCCUGCCGUGUCUGAAGUAGUCGCAGUUGGAAUUCCCGAUGAGAAAUAUUCUCAUCUUCCUGCAGUUUUAAUUAUCCUUAAAGAAGGAUCAGUCGUUACAACUGAAGAUAUUUCAGAUCUCGUUGCAGAGAAGCUUCCUGAUUCCCAUAAACUUCGUGGAGGAGUUUACUUUGUUGAUAAAAUACCUUUAACAUCAACUGGGAAAGUAAAGAGAUUUGAAGCUGAAAAAUAUGCUGAACGUAUGUUUAGGCGUCUUAACAUCGUGGACUAAUUUUUUUUAGUUAGCCAGAGACGUAUUACUUUGCUACGUUACGUACAUACUUUUUACAUUAUGUAUUCUCUACCAUUGAAAAGCUUUUUAUUAGGAUAUUAAUUAGUGUUAACCACGAAGUGGAACACAAAAGUAAUUAAGAUAAUUAUACAUAAUGUACAAUGAAUUAUUUCAUAAAGAUAAAAUAAAGAAAGAGAAAUGAGUUUCAAGCUUAAUAUA